GUUUAUGACAUUUCAGGAUUUUUUGAACGUGUCUUUGCCAUUUUUUCCUAGGUUAGAAUCAAUUUAUUUGUGAAUAUAAACUAUAAAUAAAGCGAAGCUUUUCAGUAAAAAUGGCUGACGCGUCCAGUGAAAAAAUUUCAAAAAAUGAAUUAAAACGUCGAUUGAAAGCUGAACAGAAGUUGAAGGAAAAAGCUGAAAAGGCUGCACAGCAACCUGUAAUUGUAAUAGAGAAAAAAGAUGUUAAAGCUGAGGAAGAAAUAAGCCCAAAUGAAUAUUAUAAACUUCGCUCGGGCGCAAUAGCAGCUCUGAAGAAUGGAGCCAAAGAAGAUCAUCCAUAUCCUCACAAAUUUACUGUUACUAUAUCAUUAGAGGAAUUCAUUGAAAAGUAUAAUAAUUUAAAUAGUGGAGAAGUUUUAGAAAAUGUGACAUUGUCAGUGGCUGGUAGAGUGCACUCAAUUAGAGAAUCCGGUGCAAAGCUUAUUUUUUACGAUUUAAGAGGAGAGGGUGUUAAAAUUCAGGUGAUGGCAAAUGCUAAGAUGUAUGAAUCGGAGGCCAAAUUUACUUCUGACACUGACAAACUGAGGAGAGGAGAUAUUAUUGGUUGCAUUGGUCAUCCUGGGAAAACCAAGAAAGGAGAGCUCUCUGUCAUACCAAAAACUGUGAAGCUGCUUUCUCCUUGCCUGCACAUGCUGCCACAUUUACAUUUUGGUCUUAAAGACAAAGAAACAAGAUUUAGAAAGAGAUAUUUGGAUCUAAUUUUGAAUGACAAGGUCAGGCAAAUAUUCUAUACCAGAGCUAAAAUUAUUGCAUAUGUAAGACGCUUUUUAGAUAACAUGGGUUUUCUUGAAAUAGAGACUCCUAUGAUGAACAUGAUUCCUGGAGGUGCAACUGCCAAACCAUUCAUAACACAUCACAAUGAUCUUAAUAUGGAUCUCUACAUGAGAAUAGCACCUGAAUUAUAUCACAAAAUGUUGGUUGUUGGAGGACUAGACAGAGUAUAUGAAAUUGGUAGACAAUUUAGAAACGAAGGUAUUGAUCUGACUCACAACCCCGAGUUCACUACCUGUGAAUUUUACAUGGCUUAUGCUGAUUACAAUGAUCUGAUAACAAUAACUGAAACAAUGCUAUCAGGGAUGAUUAAAUCUAUUCAUGGUACUUACAAGAUAAAAUAUCAUCCAGAUGGAACUGAAGGUGAGGAGGUAGAAGUCGAUUUUACACCACCAUUUGCAAGAGUUCCUAUGAUUGCAACACUGGAAAAAGUUUUGAAUGUGAAACUUCCAGCUCCUGAUAAAUUAGACACUUCCGAGGCAAAUGUUUUUCUGAGCCAAUUAUGUGAGAAACAUGAGGUGGAAUGUCCAGCACCAAGAACUACAGCUAGGCUAUUGGAUAAACUUGUUGGGGAAUUUAUUGAAGAAAAAUGUAUUAAUCCUACAUUUAUUAUUGAUCAUCCACAAAUUAUGAGCCCGUUAUCUAAGUACCAUAGAGAAAUACCUGGCCUCACAGAGAGGUUUGAAUUAUUUAUUAUGAAAAAAGAAGUAUGCAAUGCCUACACCGAGUUGAAUGAUCCUGCAACACAGCGAGAACGUUUUGAACAACAAGCUAAAGAUCGUGCUGCUGGUGAUGAUGAGACACCUCCAACAGAUGAAGCAUUUUGUACCGCUCUUGAGUAUGGUCUUCCACCAACUGGUGGGUGGGGAAUGGGAAUAGACCGGCUAACUAUGUUCUUGACAGAUUGUAAUAAUAUAAAAGAGGUACUCUUAUUCCCAGCCAUGAAGCCCGAUGAUCCCAAUAAACAUUCUGAAGAAGAACCUUCACCUGAUGUACAAUCAACUCAGAAUGGGGUGUAAAUAAUUAGAUCUAAGAAAAACAAUUCAGUGUUUUUUUCUGUAUUAAUGAUGAUUUUUCUAAAGAAAUAAAGCUUUUUAUAAUAAAUCAUCAUCAAAACAUCAUUGUUUAUUUUAAAAUCCUUUAUAUUCAAUAAUAAUGGCCU